GCACCCUCCUGUACGGCAUGACAAACAUUACCUCCUUUGCAAUCGGCCCAUCCUGGCUGCAGGCGACCAUGUCCGCCCACUUCUGGUUCACCAUGUCAAUGUAUGCGCCUCUGAAGCUCACCGUGCUCUACCGCCUCUUCCUGUCCAAAGCUCGUGACUCCGUGGCGCCCAAUGCUGGCAUGGCCGUCCUCAUGGCGCCGGCCUCUUUCUACACCAUGGCCCAUCUGAGCAGCGGCAAGCCCGGUGGCGACCUCACCGGCUAUAUCCUCUUCGCCGACAGCACUGUGUGCUUCCUUUUGGCAUUGUUCCUGCUCUACACCAGGAGGAAGCUGUGGAUUCCAGCGUUCCAUCCAACUUACGCAGCGUUUACCUUUCCCUUAGCUUCAACAGCAUCGGCCGCUCUUUUGGCCUCAGAGCGACUUCCACUCGUGGCUGGAGCCACUUGCCGCGCCUGGGCCACGCUUUUGCUGUUGGCGGCCCUCGCAGCUUCGCUGACCGUGCAGGCCGGCUUUUUGCACCUGCUCGUUUCGCUGCGCAGCCCGCGGCCAAAGAGC